AUGUCCUCGGAGCAGAGUCUGCUGCCUUCCCAUCCCGAGGGACCUCCCGAUCCAAGCGCGGCUCCGCGACGAACUCCCCUGCACUUUGUCCAGCAGCCGCAUCAGUCUAUCCCGCCCCCGCCGGGUUAUUUGGUUCCUCCUGUCAACUCGGGUGCUCCGGCCCUCCAGUCGCCGGGUGACAAGCCCCUCGAUGUUGUCUCGCCCACAGACUCGGACCUGAAUGCUUACGGCGUCCGCCAAAAGUCCCUUACCCGGUCCAAUGCUGCUCGCCACAACUCGGUCAUCUCUAGCAGAACCAACGCCAGUGUCCGCUCCAAUCGCAGCAACUUUGGCCAGUCUGUCCAUGGCCUGGCCAAAGAAGAAAACGCCGAACACUUUGACUGGAACACCCUCGGUCGCUCCUCAACCCACGGAGCCUCCUUCUCGCGGGGCCACGCCUCCAUCCGCUCUGGCCUCGACCGCCAGAAGACCCGCAAGACCGAGGUCUGGACCAUCGUCAAGGUCACCUGGACCGUUCUGUUGUGCCUGGCCCUCAUCACCCCGUUGAUCGUCAGUUAUGCCCUGCGAAUCGCCAUCAUCCCCUCCCGCUAUGUUACCCUCGGUCUCUACGGUAUCCUCGUCCUGGUCCACUACACUGCUCAGCUCAUCUUUGCAACCCUCAACCGCAGAUGGGUCCGGCGGCUGGUCGAGAAGCGACCAAGUGACUGGGUCGGUGUCAGCACCGGCCUGCUCAUUGUCGGAUAUCGCGAGGACCCCGAGCUCUUCCGCCAGUGUCUCCGAUCUGUGCGUGAAUUGAACUACGAGAAUCUGCGAGAAAUCAUCGUCGUCGUCGACGGCGACAACGAGGACGACCGAUACAUGGGGCAGAUCUUCCAGGAGGUCUUUGUCCACGACGAUGCCACGCUCCUCUACCCCGGCUUUGCGAUCGCCGAUGUUGACCAGAACGACCCGCGCAUCCAGGAGCUCUACGCCGACGCCCAGAAGGCCAAGGGCCCCAUUUGCAUCCUCCAGUCCCACGGAGGCAAGCGCCACGCCAUGUACACCGGCUUCCAGAUCCUCAUGAACGCCCUCCCCGUUGACUCGGUUGUCGUCACGGACUCAGAUACCGUGCUCGAUCCCGAGUCGGUUCGUGAGCUGGCCUUUAUGCUGGAGGACCCCAAGGUCGGCGCCGCCACGGGCGAUGUUCAGAUCUGGAACGACGUCAACUGGCUCUCGUUUUUGACUGCCCUCCGCUACUGGUAUGCAUUCAACAUCGAGCGUGCCUGCCAGAGUUUCCACCGCUGCGUCGGCUGCGUCUCGGGUCCCCUGGGUAUCUACCGAACCGAGGUUCUCAAGGAGAUUGUCGAGCCCUGGGUCACCCAGACCUUCCUUGGUGUGCCUUGCACCUACGGCGACGAUCGGCACUUGACCAACCUGACCCUCAAGCUCGGCAAGCGCGUCGUCUACACCCAAUACGCCAGCUGUCUGACCGAGACGCCAACCAAGUACAUUCGCUGGGUCGUCCAGCAGACGCGCUGGAGCAAGUCCUUCUACCGAGAGGGUCUGUUCAACCUGCGUUGGCUGCACCGACACAGCCCUUGGAUGGGAUACGAGCUCAUGUUCCAAGGCAUCUACCCGUUUGUUCUGCUCUACAUUGUCUUGUACACCCUGUACGCUCGAACGCUGUUCCAGCUGAUCGUCUGGGCCAACAUCGUCAUCCUCAUGGGUUUCUACAAGUCGAUCUUUGCCUUGAUUCGUCUCGGGCGAGGCCCGCUUCCUGCUCUCUCCCUUCUACGGCUAUCUCCAAGAUUCAAGGCCCUGCUGUUCCUCUGGGAUAACGGAUGGGGAACGUCGUCGCGCUUUGGUGCUGCCUUGUCCAGAUGGCAGCAGGCCAUCUUCCCUAUCCUGUGGUUCAUGAUCGUCCUUGGCGGCGUUUCAGUCAAUUUGUGGAGAUUCUUCACGGACUCGAAGCAGGUCUUUGGCCUCAAGGACAUCAUCGGCCUUGGCGUCCUUGGCGGGCUCCUCCUCUUCUGGCUUGUCGGGUACAACAUCUACCAGUUCCACCGCCGCAGCCAGAGGGUCGACGCCUCUCCGAGUCAAUCCGUCUAAAGCACCUUGCCCGAGUGCCCCCCCCCGCGCCAGACUCUGCAGCGCCAUUUACCCGUCGAUUUUGUAUCCUGUGCUCUGGACGGACGUCUUCUCAAUCCCUCCCCUCCUUCUGAUCAUGCGCGCCGUACGGCCGUGACAAUCCUCAUCGCCAUAUUUUUCCCGUAUCCCUACCUGUCUACGCAAUCUCAUCUAUCGCUAAGCGCAGCGCCCCGUUUGUCUCUUGGCGUUGCUGCCUUAAUUUACUCUUCUCAUUAGCUGGCGCAGCUAUUCCCGCCAGCACACCCGCCUGCCUGCCUACUGCGAUCUCCCAACAGUUUUGUCUUGGGC